GGAAGGUGGGGGUGUUUCCCCUUGGCCCGCACAGUGAUGUCUCCUCUGACUGGGACUGAGCUCUAGGGCCGUUUGCCAGGAGAGCUGGCCCCGCUGUGGUGUAGAGGAAGGAAAUCGACGUGUACACUAAGACAGGUGUUCAGCCUGGCUUGGGGUGGGGACCCAGAGACUUACAAUCCAUCAUAAUUAACUAAUAGAGCAGGUGACAGUUUCUGGUAAUUAAAUGGAUUAGAGAUUAGCUGCAGGUCAGGUUCUGGGCCUGUGAUCCACCCCUGGGGCCUUUGGCAGCAAGAUCAAGCUCGAUGCCGGAAGUCAAAGGUCAGCUCGAGGAGGGGGAAAUUCAAGUUCAGGAAGUUUGGAGGAAAGCAGCUCUGGCCGCCUCACCUCAGUCCUGCGCACUCAGACCUGGAACGGUCCCUAAUGUGUGCUGAGAUUCCAAUUCCUUUAACAACCUAGGAAGCCAAUAUCGUUAUCUCAGCAAGCCCCAGGCAGCAGAAAAAUCAAGUCUGAGGCCCUUUGGUAAAUGAUGGAGUCUAGUUUGAACAAGCUGAGUCAAAGUCAGUCACUUCCCCUUGGCUCCUGAUGCCUCCGGUGAGGGCCGUUCCUGGUCUGUAUCCGUUAGUCUUCUGGGGAGGAAGAGAGACCAAGACAACCGAGGAGACAAACCUGGAGACAGACCUGAGCCUGGAGAAGACAGACAAGGCCACAGCUGGACUUCUGCUCUUCCUCUCUCUCUCCCCCCAGCCUGUCUUAACACCCUUCCUUAGCCUAAGCCCCUUUGAGCUCCCUAGGGGUGUUACCCCUGCCCCUCUCUGGGGCCCCAGCCCCUUGGGGGGCCUGCAUCCCAGGAUGUCGAUAGCUGUGGAGACCUUUGGCUUCUUCCUGGGGGCCCUGGGGCUGUUGAUGCUGGGGGUGACCCUACCAAACAGCUACUGGCGAGUGUCCACCGUGAACGGGAAUGUCAUCACCACCAACACCAUCUUCGAGAACCUCUGGUAUAGCUGUGCCACCGACUCCAUGGGCGUCUCCAACUGCUGGGAGUUUCCAUCCAUGCUGGCUCUCUCUGGGUAUGUCCAGGGCUGCCGAGCACUCAUGAUCACCGCCAUCCUCCUGGGCUUCCUGGCCCUCUUUCUAGGCAUUAUAGGCCUGCGCUGCACCAGCAUCGGGAGCAUGGAGCUCUCUAGGAAGGCCAAGCUGGCAGCCACCGCAGGGGCUCUAAACAUACUAGCCGGACUCUGCGGGAUGGUGGCCAUCUCCUGGUACGCUGUCAACAUCACCCAAGAUUUCUUCAACCCCCUGUACGCUGGAACCAAGUACGAGCUGGGCCCUGCCCUCUACCUGGGCUGGAGCGCCUCCCUGCUGUCCAUCCUGGGUGGCAUCUGCCUGUGCUCCAGUUGCUGCUGCGCCUCCAAGGAGGACCCAGCAGGCAGGGCUGGGUUUCCCUACAAAGCUUCUGCGGUCGUGAUGGCCCCCGCCCUCUCGGAUGAAGGCGACAGCAGCUUUGGCAAAUACGGCAAAAAUGCUUAUGUGUAG